AUGGCGCCCUCGAAACCUAGCGGCGCUCCCAAGCCGAAAUUCGAAGUUCGCGAAUACACCACGAAGAAGGACGCAGUCCCACCCUCCCCCUCUGCCUCCAUAAUCCUCGUCUCCCCGUCCAACCAAAUCCUCCUCCUCCACCGCGUCAAAUCCUCCUCCGCCUUCCCCUCCGCCCACGUCUUCCCCGGCGGCAACCUCGACCCGCAAGACGGCACACUCCCAUCAGACCCCACCGACCCCGAACGACACAAAGACUCCCUCGCAUACCGAACAGGCGCGAUCCGAGAACUCGCCAGCGCCACGAGUCUACUCCCCCUCAGCCCAGAAGUGCGACUCGAAGGCCGCAAAGCGGUGCAUUCAGGAAAGAUCAGCUUCAAAGACUGGCUCGCCCAGCAGUCAAAAGAUGCGGUGCUGCACACCGAUGGGCUGACGCCGUUCACGCACUGGGUCACGCCACCCAAUGUCCCAAAACGCUUCACAACCCAAAUGUACAUCUACUUCGUGCACCUGAAAGAAACCAACAACCCCAGCAUCCACGCCUCCGCCGACAAGAUCGAGACCAUGGCGCCCGAAUACCGGCCCGCGCACGCCUGGCUGUCCGCAGCACAAUCCGGCGAGGUCAUCCUCUUCCCGCCCCAAUUUUUACUAUUACACCUCGCUUCCGGCUUCCUCGACGCAAGGAACCCAGAUACCGAGGCAGGUGCGCCAGUAUACGGAGCUAAAGGAACAAGCGGGGACGACGCAGGAGUAGACGCAGCGGAAAUCGUCCGCCGUCGAAGAGAGCUCUAUCAGUUCAUCACCACAGACGGCUCGCCGCCCUGGAGCGACAAGUAUAUCUCGCCGAUAGGCAAAGGCACGGCCAAGGACGGGAGGAGUUGGUUGGCGUUGGAUAAGCCGGGGCCGGAGUUGAAGGAUAGUGGGUUGAAGGGGGAUGAGAGUAGGGUUGUCAUGGUCAAGUUUGCGAAGGAGGGGCCAAGGCAGUUGGAUGUGAGGUGGGCGAGUGAGGUGAAGGAGAUGGUGAGGGAGGGGAAGUUGUGA